AAAUAGCUCAAACCUCGGGCACAGCUCGUACCCUGAGGUAAUGUGCCCCCCGUCCUUCUGCAAGGUGUCACCUGGCCUCGUGCCGCACCAAUCCCGCCUCCGCAUUCACUGCAACCACCCACGGUUCGCCUCUUAAGUCAACCGCAUUGAUCGCACCACGACGUCAUGCAAUCCGCUGCAUCUUCAUUGUUUCGAUUUCCCCGCCUUACUUAAAUCCCAUCCCAACCCCAGAUUCUGCACGACUUUAUCCAACCCAUCCAAUGCAGCCUUGGUAUACAUCCUGAAAAAUCAUCUAUCAACCACGAGCCCACAAUCUCAGAAAUAUGGAAUCCAACCCCCGCAAACUCUCCGGAUCCUACCACCUCACCGGCGCGGACAUUGUCGAAUCGAUCGACGAUCUCGGCUCGGACGGCCGAUGGGAGGAGCUGACUGCCAAGCGCGCGGCCCACCAGACCGCGGCCGCCGACAUGCCGCAGGGCAGCGAGCGCACCGGCUUCACCAGUAAUAAGGUGCCCGAUCGGGCGCAGUCGUUCCGGCCGUACGAUCCGAAGGGGGCGAUGGGCACCGAGCAGAGCGAGGAUAUUCAUCCUCAUGAGUAAACCAAACCGCUGGUGGCCGGGUACGGAGCGUCGCGUU